UCCCCGGCCCUCUCCGCGGUCCUCGUCCUCGGGCGCGCAGCCCCUAGCGGCGCGUCACUGCGAGGCCGGCCUGCGCGCCUCCCUCUCCCCUCCUCCCGCUCGACGCGAUCCGCUCGGGGAGGCGGGGAAGCAGCCGGAGCGCGACCGCCGCGGAGCCACCCUGCAGCCGCCAGUCGGAGGUGCAGUCCGCAGGCCCUGGAGCUCGGGCGGGCCCUCGGGGAGUCGGCGCCGCUCCCGGGGAGCUGCGAGGCUCGCCUCUGUCCGGCGCGGGGGGGCGCGGAGGAUAUUCCUGGUGAUCUCUGAAGAGUUCAUAUCAUGGAAUCGAUCUCUAUGAUGGGAAGCCCUAAAAGCCUUAGUGAAACGUUUUUGCCUAAUGGCAUAAAUGGUAUCAAAGAUGCAAGGAAGGUCACUGUAGGUGUAAUUGGAAGUGGGGAUUUUGCUAAAUCCUUGACCAUUAGACUUAUUAGAUGUGGCUACCAUGUGGUCAUAGGAAGUAGAAAUCCUAAGUUUGCUUCUGAGUUUUUUCCUCAUGUGGUAGAUGUCACCCAUCAUGAAGAUGCUCUAACAAAAACAAAUAUUAUAUUUGUUGCUAUACAUAGAGAACAUUACACAUCCCUGUGGGACCUAAGACAUCUGCUUGUGGGUAAAAUUCUGAUUGAUGUGAGCAAUAACAUGAGGAUAAACCAGUACCCAGAAUCCAAUGCUGAAUAUUUGGCUUCAUUAUUCCCGGAUUCCUUAAUUGUCAAAGGAUUUAAUGUUGUCUCCGCUUGGGCACUCCAGUUGGGACCAAAGGACGCCAGCCGGCAGGUUUAUAUAUGCAGCAACAAUAUUCAAGCUCGACAGCAGGUUAUUGAACUUGCUCGCCAGCUGAAUUUCAUUCCCGUUGACUUGGGAUCUUUAUCUUCAGCUAGAGAGAUUGAAAAUUUACCCCUACGACUAUUUACUCUCUGGAGAGGGCCAGUGGUGGUAGCCAUAAGCUUGGCCACGUUUUUCUUCCUUUAUUCCUUUGUCAGAGAUGUGAUACAUCCAUAUGCAAGAAACCAGCAGAGUGACUUUUACAAGAUUCCUAUUGAGAUUGUGAAUAAAACCUUACCUAUAGUUGCCAUUACUUUACUAUCCCUGGUAUACCUAGCAGGUCUCCUGGCAGCUGCCUAUCAGCUCUAUUAUGGCACUAAGUAUAGAAGAUUUCCACCUUGGUUGGAAACCUGGCUACAGUGUAGAAAACAGCUCGGAUUACUAAGUUUUUUCUUUGCUGUGGUCCAUGUUGCCUACAGCCUCUGCUUGCCGAUGAGGAGGUCAGAGAGAUACUUGUUUCUCAACAUGGCUUAUCAACAGGUUCGUGCAAAUAUUGAAAACUCUUGGAAUGAGGAAGAAGUUUGGAGAAUUGAAAUGUAUAUCUCCUUUGGCAUAAUGAGCCUUGGCUUACUUUCCCUCCUGGCAGUCACUUCCAUUCCUUCAGUGAGCAAUGCUUUAAACUGGAGAGAAUUCAGUUUUAUUCAGUCUACACUUGGAUAUGUUGCUCUGCUCAUAAGUACUUUCCAUGUUCUAAUUUAUGGAUGGAAACGAGCUUUUGAAGAAGAGUACUACAGAUUUUAUACACCACCAAACUUUGUUCUUGCUCUUGUUUUGCCCUCAAUUGUAAUUCUGGGUAAGAUAAUUUUACUGCUUCCAUGUAUAAGCCGAAAGUUAAAACGAAUUAAAAAAGGCUGGGAAAAGAGCCAAUUUUUAGAAGAAGGUAUUGGAGGAACAAUUCCUCAUCUCUCCCCAGAGAGGGUCACAGUAAUGUGAUAAUAAAUGGUGCUCACAGAUGCCAUAUAAAGUUCUACUCAUGCCAUUAUUUUUAUGACUUCUAUGUUCAGUUGCAAGUGUGCUGUCAAAUUACUGUGGGUUGAAACUUGUUAAAUGAGAGUUCAGCUGAAUUAGUGACAGGAUUUUUUUCAAGUUUCACAGAUGUCAUGUUUUGCCAAUAUAAACUUUUGUAGUCAACAUAUUGUUAAAAUUUAGAUAUUUUUUGUUUUGUUUUGCACAGCCAAAACACUAUUGUUAUUUUAACUAUGUUUCAUAAUCAGGCAAAAAAUACUUAUAGUUAAUAAUAUAGAUAUACUGUUUAAAGCAAUUUGCCAACCUCAGAAUUUUAGGCUUUUAAAAUAACUCAGUGGGUAUAUUUUUUUUUCUGAAGCUUCAGUAAGGUUUUAUAAUACAACCUAAGAAAUAGAAAUGCAUAAUCAUACAUUAUUUUUAAGAAAGGAUACAUUACAUUAGCAUCUAGGUAAGGGUGCAUGGUAACCUUCCUCUGUUU